ACCCGGCAAUUUUGGGCAGAGCAUAGCAUAUUUUUAUAUCGCUCCUCAGACUCGGCCGCUUAUCCAGAGAUUCACUGCUCAAAUUCCGGAGUUCUACCACCCUGCGACGAUGCCUCCAAAGAAAAAGGGCGGCCGCAGCAGCACGGCCGCCGCCACGCCGUCAACGGCCACACCUCGAGAUGACGAUGCCAUGGACAUUGACACCCCAGCCGCUGGAACAACACCCGUACCUGUAGCGCCCGUUGCCCAACCUCCGAAACCCAAGUUCGACCCGAAUGAUCCUUGGACAGAUGAUCAGGUCGCCUCACUGUUCAAGGGUGUGAUUCGAUGGAAACCCGCGGCCAUUAGCGAGCAUCUCCGCAACCACGGCUUCGACCCGUUCAAGAAUCCUCACACGCGUAUACCCGGAAUUUGGGCCAAACUUAGGACGUUUUACGACCUGGAUGCGAUCGACGAACGAGAAAACAGCCUUGACCCUCCCGAAGAAUGGGGUAAGCCCCGGCGCUACAAAGACUUCUCGCUACCUCGCGACGACUACGGCGAUUUGAUGCUGCAAGCGGCGCUCGCUCCUCCGGGCAACCCGCCUAGCAGCCCAGCGGAAUGGGACCCGAACGAGCCAAGUGACGAAAGAAAGAAGCGCAAGCGCACCGAAGCUGGUACCAAGACUCGCAGUAGUACUGUGGAGGACACGGAUAACGAGACUUCUGCCCCUAGUCCGGUGCGGAAGUCGGCCAGAGGAGCGCGGAGUGCAAAGCGGGCGGCCAGCAAGGCUCGCAAGACCAAGGAGGAGUCCCCGGAUGAGGAUGAAAGCGAGGAGGAAGCAUCAGACGAGGAAGAGGAAUCAGGCGAUGAGGAAGAAGCAUCAGACGAAGAGGAGGCCGAGGCGUCCACAGCAAAGACAGCAAGGGGAACAAGAGCCCGUCCUGCUCCCAAGGCCAAACCCGUUGCCCGUGGUCGUUCAAGACCUAGUCGCCGCUAAAAGGCGCCUCGCACACAGGGGUACUUUUUCCUAGGUCGACAUGUGCCGGUCAGAGUUAGCUGGUUGGUCGGCAUUCUAGAACGGAGAGGAUGUUGUCUUUCUCACUGCAUUUGGGGCGUACUGGUGUUUUCGGGAUGGAACCACAAGAG